GGUCGGCUGUCAUUAUUCAAUUUUGUUUAUCGUCGUAUUAUUCGUCGGUGUAAUAGCGGUUCUAGUUGAAUAAACUUACUUCAAAUACCACUUUAUUGUUAAAAAGGACUGGUUUUAUAUUGUAUGUUCUGUUGAUUCUUUUCCUCUUAACGCAACAAGCAGAGAAUCAUUCGUCAUGGAUGUCGAAGAACUUCUUUCUUUCAAGCCGGAACAAACACCAAAGCGUACUUCCGAGUUUGAUGAUGAUGAAGAAGACUCUCCGGAACGUCGCUCCGCCCCUCCUACUCCGAAAGUGCGGCGAGAUGAGCAAGCAUCAAAUGUGCGUACAAAACCACACGUACCUCAUAAGGAGCCACAGAUCAGCGAAGAGGAAAGGUUAGAUAUUCUAAAAUUCGUGGAAUCCGAAGAGCCGGAAGGCGAUGUUUUGGACGACGCAGGUCUAAAGAAAAUUCUUUUGCUAUUUGAAAAACGUGUCCUCAAAAACCAAGAAAUGAGAAUUAAAUUUCCAGAAAACCCGGAGAAGUUCAUGGAGAGCGAAAUCGAAUUAAACGAUGUGAUCCAGGAGCUUCGCGCGGUAGCCACUGUACCGGAUUUAUAUCCCCUUCUGGUUGAAUUAAAUGGCAUAGCCAGUUUGCUCGAGUUGCUAUCGCAUCAAAAUACAGAUAUAAGCGUUGCGGUAGUUGAUCUAAUUCAAGAGCUAACCGAUGUGGACAUUCUGCACGAAAGUUUAGACGGAGCGGAAACUCUUAUCGAAGCUCUCCGUAAUCAACAAGCCGCAGGACUAUUGGUACAAAAUUUAGAAAGAUUAGAUGAAAAUGUAAAGGAGGAAGCAGAUGGUGUUCACAACACAAUGGCUAUAUUUGAAAAUUUGAUGGAAAUAAAAUCAGAAAUUGCCAAAGAAGUUGCAGAACAGGGUCUCAUGCAGUGGAUUCUUAAGCGGCUGCGUGUUAAAAUGCCAUUCGAUACAAAUAAACUGUAUUGUAGUGAAAUCUUAUCCAUUCUGCUCCAGGAUACAAAUGAUAACAGAGUACUUCUUGGAAAUUUAGAUGGAAUUGAUGUACUUUUGCAGCAGUUAGCGGCCUAUAAGCGACAUGACCCAUCUACUACCGAAGAACAGGAGUUCAUGGAAAACCUUUUCAAUAGCUUGUGCUCGGCACUGAUGUCAUCAGACAAUCGUGAAAAAUUCCUUAAAGGAGAAGGUCUUCAACUGAUGAAUCUAAUGUUGCGCGAAAAAAAGCUGUCAAGAAACGGUUCACUUAAGGUUCUUGACCAUGCAAUGUCCGGUCCUGAUGGACGCGAUAAUUGUAACAAAUUCGUUGACAUUUUGGGUUUACGAACCAUUUUCCCGCUGUUCAUGAAGACGCCUAAACGAAACAAAAAACGUUUGCUUAGCACUGAUGAACAUGAAGAGCAUGUUGUUUCGAUUGUAGCUAGCAUGUUGAGAAAUUGCAAAGGGGCACAACGACAACGGAUGCUUACCAAAUUUACCGAAAAUGACUUUGAAAAAGUAGAAAGACUUAUGGAGCUACAUUUUAAGUAUUUGGAAAAGGUUGAACAAGUGGACCAUGACAUCGACCAAUUAGUUAGUUCAGGAGAAAUGGAAGAAAACGUAGAUGCGAUUUACAUAAAAAGACUGUCUGGUGGUCUUUUUACGUUGCAGUUGAUUGAUUAUAUAAUCCUAGAGAUCAGCUCGACUGAUGUAGUCAAACAGCGCAUAUUGCAGAUAUUGAACCUCCGAAAUGCCUCGAUGAAAACCAUUCGACAUGUCAUGCGAGAGUAUGCGGGAAAUCUGGGCGAUGCUGGAGACUCUGAUUGGCGGGAACAAGAACAGGCUCAUAUUAUUCAAUUGGUCGAUCGUUUUUGAAUAGUUUGAAAUAAAAUAUUGAUAAGAUA